AUGGCGAAGGUUCAUGAAGAAAAAGAUGUGAAGUAUGACAUGUAUGAAUAUGUUGCUUCCCAAGACAUUGAGGUGAUUGUGCAACAAAACCUAUGUGAGAAUGAGAGUCACUUAACCAAACUGAGAGAGAGUGAAAACAAAAGAGAGUUGUGUGAUUCCACCCACUAUGACAUUGAGAGUAUCAACAAUGCGAGUAUGAGGGAUAUACCACAGAAAAAUAGAGAGUUAGAAUGCAAGUCAUGUGAGGAUAUUUUUGAAACUAACACUCUCAUCUCUACUUCUAGUGUUGUCUUUCCAAAUGUGCAGGUUUGUAUUGAGAAUAAGGAAGAGAUGGCUGCUCAUGACAACUCCAUACUUGUUGAGAGAAGUGAGGAGGUAGCCAUUCAUCCAAACCAAUUGUGUGCUGCCCAAAAUAUGAACCAUGACGAGGAAAGUGUGAGUUCAAAAGCGUCAUACAUGAUACUUAGACUACCACAAAGUCUAAAAGGCAAUGAAAAUAAUUUAGAUCUGAGUUUGCAAAAUAAAAUGAUGAGCAAUUGCGAUGAAACACAUGGUUCAAAUGGAAUUGACUCUACACAAAUUGUUUAUGUUGAUUUGGUAGAUUCACAAGUUCAUACAUGUCCUGAAAUUUUGAAAGUUGAUAACCAAUGUUCAAUCAUACAUGAUCUUUUCUAUGCUUUGAUAUGGUUCAUAUACAUGAUACUUUGUACUCAUAUAUCUGAUACUUUUCAUGCAAAUAAAUUUGAUAAUGUGCAAAUGAACACUCAUGACAAAUUCUUUGCAAAAAUAUCUCAUCCUUCAUGUGUGGGCUAUGCCAUGUUUGAUAAAUGUGUUGAGAUCAAUAAUAUACUUAAGAAUGUUUUUCGAAUAUCAUCCGUGAAAUCUUUGAAUACUACCUAUAGUUACAAGUUUACAUUUAAUUUGAUUGGACAUCAUGCUGCAAGUAAAUUCUACGUUUGUGGUAUUUGUAUAACUGGUGACAAGCUUGUUGGUUUGAAGAUAAAUAGACUUUGCAACAAUUCUUGUGAGCCAUAUUUGUUUGAACUUGAGAUGAAAAGAUUGUUUAGUGAUUUCUAUAAAGAACCAAAAAUGUUGUUCCCUUGUUCAUAUGUUCUAUCAAAAGAAAGAAAUCUUGUGCAAACAUGUUCUAUUCAUUCACCAAAAAUUUUUCAUGAUCGUUUGGAACUAUUGGGUUUGACAGGCCGUGAAGUAUGA